AUGAUCCUCUUCCUCGUGAUCUACCUUUUCCCAGCGGCGCUGCUUGCGAGCAUUUUUGCUCUGCAUGCCAACGCUCAAGAAAGCGACGACAUGGGUCCUGCAGCCUUUCUGUGGCCACCUGAUCGAGCCUGGUCUGCGACUGAAGACAACACUCCGCCCUGUGGUUCCGCGGCAGGGAUUACCAAUAGGACGAAGUUUCCACUGACAAACGGCGCUGUUGCUCUCGUGCUGCAGGACGACUCAUACAACAUCAAUCUCGCCAUCUCCUACAGCAACAACCCCACCAGCAACAGUGACUUCAGCACGAUCGUCUCCUCAAAGUACUUCCCCGAACUGUACCCCGGCCACGAGUGCUAUGCCGUGCCGAACCCGCCGUCGAACAUUGUCUCUGGCUCCAACGCCACCCUGCAGAUCCAAUAUGUCUCGACGUUCGACACGUCGCGCAACCAGACAUUCUACGCGUGUUCGGACAUCACAUACGUUCCCCUGAACCAGUUUACGACCGAUAUCCUGUGUUUUAACGUCUCCGUUGAAGACCCGGACGUCACGUCGUCGAAGAUAGGAGGUGCCACCACAACUUCGACAGGAACGUCUACGGCCCAAGCGACAGCGGAGACGUCAAAUAAUGGCGGUCCGCCUGGAGGAGCGAUCGCAGGUAUCGUCAUCGGAACAGUUGUCGGAGCUUCUCUGGCCUUUGGUGCGCUCUUCAUUCUGCGGCGACGUUUCCGGCAGCGUGCCAGGCGACAGAAGACUGUCCAGUUCCGGCUGAACGAAUUAACCAAUCCUGGCAAGUAG